CAAUGGGGAUCCGACGUUCUCUUCAUCAACGGUGGUUACCUGAACGUCACAAUUCCAUCCUGCGUCAAGUCCGGCCAGUACUUGUUCCGCGCAGAGGCCAUCUCCUUGUCCAGUGCGACGCAAUAUCCUGGCGCUCAGUUUUUCACGAGCUGCGCUCAAAUCGAGGUGACUGGUGGUGGAGACGCAGAGCCCGACACUGUCAGCUUCCCUGGAGCAUACACUCCUACCGACCCUGGUAUUGUAACCAACAUCUACACCGUCCAAGAGUACACUGUACCAGGUCAGUCG